AUGCAGUUUGCUGCUGGUCGCAGCGCUCUCUCCGGCAGACUUACAGCUGCCUGUGCCUUUCCAGCCCCAACAGACGCAGCAGGUGCUGUUGCUGCUAUCGCAUGCAGCAGCAGCAGCAGCAGCAGCAGUAGCAGCAGUAGCAGCAGCAGCAGCAGCAGCAGCAGCAGCGGGGGAGGCAGCAUUCUCCUCCUCGUCAGCUACAAGAGCGGCUGCGUCGCCUGGGUUAGCGUCAACCCCCCAGCUGCUUCUACACCGCAGCAGCAGCAGCAGCAGCAGCAGCAGCAACAGCAGCAGCAGCAGCAGCAGCAGCAGCAGCAGGAGGGACAGUUUUCUGUUCAGUUGCUGUGUCUCGCGCGCCCGGGAUCUCCAUCUGCUGCUGCCCCUGGCAGCGACGCUGCAGCACAGCAGCAGCAGCAGCAACAGCAGCAGCAGCAGCGGCAGCAGCGACAGCAGCAGCGGAAGCAGCGCAGCCACCUCUGCUCUGUGCGUUUCCUUGAUGGCAGCAGCAGCGCAGGAGCUGCAGGCAGCAGCAGCAGCAGCAGCAGCAGCGGCCGCGGCCUGGGCCUGAUAGGAUGCGUUGCUGCUGCUGUUGCUGUUGAUGAAGCAGCAAACCUGCUGCUGCUGCUGCUGCACCGCAGACUGCUGACGUACUACACAGAGGAGCGGCUGCUAGCCACAGGGAUUACAUCCUUAGCAGGAGAUGCGCUUCAGCAGCAGCAACAGCAGCAGCAGCAGCAGCAGCAGCAGCAAGUUGCUGCAGUUGCCUGCAGCAGCGCCGUCGUUGUUCUGACGAUAGACACGACAGCAACCCUCGCAUAUCACCUCGACCUAACCGAGCAGCAGCAGCAGCAGCAGCGGCAGCUGCAGCAACGGCUGCUGCAGCAGCAGCAGCAGCAGCCGCAGGUUGCUGCUGGAUCGCUGCUGCUGCUGCUGCAGGUCAACAGCAGCACAGCCACCCGCCUCUCCCCCUCCUUCGCUCUCUGCGCCCCCGCACAACACGUCGAUGUGGGUCAUGUACGGCCUUUGUAUUACAGCUUCUCAGAUACAUCUAUCAUCGCGCAGCAGCAGCAGCAACAGCAGCAGCAGCAGCAGCAGCAGCAACAGCUGACGCAUCAGGGUUCUAUUCCUCCUCUUCUAUCUCUGCCGGCGACAGCAGCAGCUCGGCGGAGCCUUGUGAAGAUAAUAUGCCCACCGUUGCUUGCUGCUGCUGCUGCUGCUGCUGCUGCGGGUAGCAGCAGCAGCAGCAUCCGUAGCAGCCUACAGCAGCAAGCCAUCCUGUCUCUGCAGCAACAGCAGCAGCAACAGCAGCAGCAGCUUGCUGCAGUGUGUGCUGCAGCAGCAAAGGCCUUCUCCUGCUGCUUCGAGGCAUGCGACCUGCUGCACGUUGCUGAGCUGCUGCCCCCGUUGCUGCUGCAGUGGCUGCUAGAGCAGCAGCAGCAGCAGCAGCAGCAGCAGCACACCUUGGUCAGCAUGAAGCACAGUUUGGAUAUGCAGCAGCAACAGCAGCAGCAGCAGCGGCAGCAGGAACAGCAGGAGUUAGAGCAUCACGAGCAGCAGCAACAGCUGCUGCAGGCAGCUGCAGCAGCAGCAGCAGCAGCAGCAGAGAAACGUGCUGCUGUCUUGUUUGCUUUAACAGCACGACAGCUGCUGCUGCAGCGGCUGCCUGCUGCUGCAGUCCCCCACAGUUUGCUGCUGCGGCUGUUGGCGUCCCUAGAGGCGGAGCUCGAAGCAGCAGCAGCAGCAGCAGCAGCAGCAGCAACAGCAGCAUUACCUCAGGCUGCACAAACACAUGACAAGAAGCCUGCUGCUGCUGCUGCUGCUGCAGCAGCAGCAGCACUGCUGCUGCAGCGGCUGCCUGCUGCUGCAGUCCCCCACAGUUUGCUGCUGCGGCUGUUGGCGUCCCUCGAGGCGGAGCUCGAAGCAGCAGCAGCAGCAGCAGCAGCAGCAACAGCAGCAUUACCUCAGGCUGCACAAACACAUGACAAGAAGCCUGCUGCUGCUGCUGCAGCAGCAGCAGCUGCUGCUGCUGCUGCUGCUCUUUUGGGGAGUGAUGCAGUGGAGGAGACAGCGCUGAUCGCCUGGCUGCAGCAGCCCGCAGCAGCAGCAGCAGCAACAGCAGCAGCAGCAGCAACAGCAGCAGCAGCAGCAGCAGCAGCAGGACGCAUGCGGUUUUCUGCCUUUACGAGCAGCAGCAGCAGCAGCAGCAGGACGAGCGCUACAGAAGCCAUAACCGAGCUGCAGCGCGUGCGUCGCCUGUUCGAGUCUGUGCUCAUCAGCUUGAUGCAGCAGCAGCAGCAGCAGCAGCAGCAACAGCAGCAGCAGCAGCAGCAGCAGCAGCUGGAUGUACAUUCUAUGACUCGCGUUGCCUGCGUCCAUCGUCUAUGGACGGCUGCGACGACUCUGCUUCAUCAAGGUUUUGCUGAUCCUGUGGCGCCGCUAGAGUGGCUGCUGGCGGAGCAGCUGCGCAUACACCGCGUGCUGCAGCAGCAGCAGCGGAAGUUUCUCUGUGGGCCCCUCGAAGCAGCAGCAGCAGCAGCAGCAGCAGGAGCAGCAGCAGCAGCGGAUGGCAGCAGUUCAACGGCAGCAGGAUCAGGACCAGAAGCAGAAGCAGCAGCAGCAGCAGCAGCAGAAGCAGCAGCAGCAGCAGCAGCAGCAGCAGCAGCAGCAGCAGCAACAGCAGCAGCAGCAGCAGCAGCAGCAGCAGCAACAGCAGCAGCAGCAGCAUGUGUGUUGCAUCAUCAGCGCCUCUUUGAUUAUAUCUGCAGGCGGCAGGGAACAGCAGCAGCAGCAGCAGCUGCUGCUGCUGCUGCUGGUGCUGCUGCUGCUGCUGCUGCAGGGGAACCAGUUCUCGCUCCUGUCGAGUACUUCAAGAAACGGCAGCAGCAGCAGCUCCAGCAGCAGCAGCAGCCGCAGCAGCAGCAGCAGCAGGAGCAACAGCAGCAGCAGCAGCAGCAGCGGUAUCAUCCUCGGGAGCCUCCGCCUAAAGAUAUAUCGUUGUUUAUAGGAGAAGCAGACUGGCAGCUGCUGCAGCUGCAGCAGCUCGCCCUGGGGCACCUGCACUGCAUGCUGCAGCACAAGAGCUUCCCGCUGCACCCAGCAGCAGAAAGAUAUAUCGUUGUUUAUAGGAGAAGCAGACUGGCAGCUGCUGCAGCUGCAGCAGCUCGCCCUGGGCCACCUGCACUGCAUGCUGCAGCACAAGAGCUUCCCGCUGCACCCCGCAGCAUCAGCAGCAGCAGCAGCAGCAGCAGCAGAAGCAGGCGGCAGGGAACAGCAGCAGCAGCAGCAGCAGCUGCUGCUGCUGCUGGUGCUGCUGCUGCUGCUGCAGGGGAACCAAUCCUCGCUCCUGUCGAGUACUUCAAGAAACGGCAGCAGCAGCAGCAGCAGCUCCAGCAGCAGCAGCCGCAGCAGCAGGAGCAACAGCAGCAGCAGCAGCAGCAGCGGUAUCAUCCUCGGGAGCCUCCGCCCGUGCUGCAGCGGUUGCUGCUGCUGUCUAGCAGCAACAGCAUCUCGCUUCUGGGCGAUCUGCUGCUGCUGCCGCUGCCUCGUGCUGCGCUGCAGCAGCACGCUGCAGCAGCACUGCAGCAGCAGCAGCAGCAGCAGCAGCAGCAACCGAUGCAGGAAUCCUCCUCCCCCCCAGCAGCAGACAGCAGCUGGUAUGAGGCAGCUGCUGCUCUUCCUCGUGAAUGGAAGGCCAUGCAGCCUGCUGCUGCUGCAAGCCUGCAGCAGCAGCAGCAGCAGCAGCAGCAGCAGCAGCAAGCGCGACGCGGCUGGUUCUUGCUGGAGCCCUGCCCUUGA